CAUACACGAGGCAGUCUUAGAGUUCGCAACGAAAAAUAAUAAAAAAUAGGACUGAGCUCACCUCUGUUACGGAUCCUCUCUCUCAUUCCCACUCUGUCUAAUGCAUAUAUAGAGAGAGGGAGCUAAGCUAUAGGAAAUUGCAGUAAUUGUAACAAUGGCGUCCUCUUCUUGUUUGAGAGCAGAAAACGUCUUUUCUCACACCAUCUCCAAGUUUAAGCAUUCAAAUGGAAAUGGAAAUGGGAGCAUCCGUUCUCCUCCAAUCUCAUCGUUUUCUCUGCUUUCCUCUUCUCCUAUCUUCUCUCCAAAAUCUCCUCUUUUGAAAACCUCACUUUCUCACUCUCUCUCCAUCAAAGCCUCCUCUUCUUCGUCUUCCACUGCCAUCGCCGAACCUGAAGGCAUCAAGAUUAAUUCAGUGCCGACGAAGCCGAUCGAGGGGCAGAAGACAGGGACUAGUGGGCUUCGAAAGAAGGUUAAAGUUUUCAUGCAAGAAAAUUACCUCGCGAAUUGGAUCCAGGCAUUGUUUAAUUCAUUGCCACCAGAGGAUUACAAGAAUGGGUUGUUGGUCUUAGGUGGGGAUGGUCGUUACUUCAACAAAGAAGCUUCACAGAUAAUCAUGAAAAUUGCAGCAGGGAAUGGUGUUGGUAAAAUCCUGGUUGGCAAGGAAGGUGUUAUGUCUACCCCAGCCGUUUCUGCUGUGAUCCGAAAGAGGAAGGCCAAUGGUGGAUUUAUAAUGAGCGCAAGCCAUAAUCCUGGGGGCCGUGAAUAUGAUUGGGGUAUCAAGUUUAAUUACAACAGCGGGCAACCUGCACCUGAAUCUAUCACUGACAAGAUUUAUGGAAAUACACUUUCUAUCUCUGAGAUUAAAAUAGCAGACAUUCCUGAUGUUGACCUUUCUCGUCUUGGAGUCACAAAAUAUGGAAACUUCAUUGUUGAAGUAGUGGACCCAGUUUCUGACUACCUGGAGCUAAUGGAGCAUGUAUUUGAUUUUGAGCUCAUCAGAAGUCUUCUUGUACGACCAGAUUUCAGGUUUAUUUUUGAUGCCAUGCAUGCUGUUACUGGUGCUUAUGCAAAGCCCAUAUUUGUGGACAAGCUGGGAGCCACUCCAGAUUCAAUUUCAAAUGGAGUGCCCCUGGAGGAUUUUGGGCAUGGUCAUCCAGAUCCUAAUCUAACAUAUGCCAAGGAUUUGGUGAAAAUUAUGUAUAGCGAGAAUGGGCCUGAUUUUGGAGCUGCAAGUGAUGGAGAUGGUGACAGAAACAUGAUCCUAGGUAGAGGGUUUUUUGUUACUCCUUCAGAUUCUGUGGCAAUCAUUGCUGCCAAUUCACAAGGAGCCAUCCCAUAUUUCAAGACUGGCCGUAAGGGUUUAGCGCGGUCCAUGCCAACAAGUGGUGCACUGGAUCGUGUGGCUGAAAAAUUGAAUCUUCCUUUUUUUGAGGUUCCCACUGGCUGGAAAUUUUUUGGGAAUCUUAUGGAUGCUGGAAAGUUGUCAAUUUGUGGGGAAGAGAGUUUUGGAACUGGUUCUGAUCACAUUCGUGAGAAGGAUGGCAUAUGGGCUGUGUUAGCUUGGCUUUCAAUUAUUGCACACAGAAACAAGGACAAGAAACCAGGGGAGAAGUUAGUAUCUGUUGCUGAUGUUGUGAAAGAGCACUGGGCAACAUUUGGAAGAAAUUUCUUUUCUAGAUAUGAUUAUGAAGAGUGUGAGUCUGAAGGAGCAAAUAAAAUGAUAGAAUACCUAAGAGAUUUGGUCUCUAAAAGCAAACCAGGAGAUAAAUAUGGUAGUUAUGCCCUUCAGUAUGCUGAUGACUUCAAGUACACUGAUCCUGUGGAUGGAAGUGUGGUAACAAAGCAAGGGGUUCGAUUUGUUUUUACUGAUGGAUCAAGGAUAAUAUUUCGGUUAUCUGGAACUGGAUCUGCGGGUGCAACUGUUAGAAUGUACAUUGAACAGUUUGAACCUGAUGCCUCUAAACACGAGAUGGAUGCCCAAACAGCCUUGAAACCACUGAUAGAUGUGGCAUUGUCUGUAUCAAAGUUGAAGGACUUCACAGGUAGGGAGAAGCCUACAGUCAUCACAUAAAGCAUCCUUAAAUUUUUAGUAUAAUGAAUCAAGUGGCAUCUUGGAACUUCAUCUUUUUCCUGGCUUAGUUUUCCAUAAAUAUUCUUUCCUUUCAAUUUUGGUCAUUCUGUAGCUAUCUGGUAUUAUGGUAUAGUAAGUUGCUCCAUGUAAUGUAAAAACAGGCAAGUGGAAAUAAAUCUGUCAUUUGGUUCCCGCA